AUGGACGGCGUUGCAAGCGGUAGCGAUGCUGUGCCUUCGACCUCUACCGGAAGACGAUCGAUCCAAGCCUCACGAGACGGAGACGAUGCAAAGGCAGCCGACCUUGGUGUCUACGAGCUCUCUAGGGGAGAAGACGACCACGAGCGCGACGUCGCAGUGGCCAGAAGAGGCGUGGACCGUGUUGAGGCCAUCACACAAUCUUGGUCCAAGACGUGUUUGAUCAUUGCCUAUGUAACCUUCUGGAGCCUCUACCUCCUUUUCGCGUUCGAGAGGUCGUUCUACAGUAACAUCGGACCGUACAUCACAAGCAUGUUCGAGGAGCACUCCCUGCUGCCCACUGUCGAUCUGGUCGCGAACAUCAUGAGCGGCGCGAGCUAUCUUCCCAUGGCCAAGGCGCUCAACAUGUACGGUCGUGCAGAGGGGCUUGUGUUCAUGGCUGCCGUCAGCAUCAUUGUCUUGAUACUGACAGCCGCCUGUACAAACAUUGAAACAUAUUGCGCUGGAGUGGUCUUCACCACAAUCGGCUUCAGCGGUACAAUCUACGCCGUGGACGUCAUGACUGCAGACACUUCGAUGCUGAAAAGCCGUGCCCUGGCCUACGCCUUCACUGCUUCGCCAUACAUCAUCACAGCCUUCGGUGGACCAUCUUCUGCCCAGUCUCUCCUGAAGCCAAGACAAAACUGGAGAUGGGGCUUCGGUGCGCUCACUAUCGUCACCCCUGCAGUCGUCGCAGUUCUUUUCAGCGUCCUGUUUGUCCACAACCGAAAGAUCAAGCAGAACGAACCACCGCGCGUUGAGACUUCGGAAAAGCGAAACUUCUUUCAAAAGAUUUGGCAUUUUCUUAUUGAAUUCGACGCCCUCGGUAUCUUCAUCCUGGCUGCCGGCGAAGUCCUUUUCCUGCUCCCCUUCUCACUCGCUGAGAGCUCCGGCAAGCAAUGGGCUUCAGCACACAUAAUAGUCAUGCUAGUGGUCGGUUUCUUGUUGCUGCUCGCGUUCCCUGUCGUGGAAAGACACGCGCCGGUGCCGUUUGCUCCGUGGAAACUCUUAGCGUCAGGGACGCUCUUGAUGGUGUGCGUACUCAAUGCCGUCUUCUCCAUCGCAGAUGAUACGUGGAGUGCGUACUUCACUUCCUAUCUCCAAGUUGUGUAUGGACUCAGCGUUUCCCAUGCUGGCUGGGUCAAUGGAACUUCUGGUGUCAUUCGUGGUGUCUGGCAGAUCGUUGUCGGUAUUGCCAUUCGGUACACGGGCCGCUACAAAUGGGUCCUCCUCAUCUUCAUCCCCAUCUACGCCCUUUUCAUGGGCCUCUUAAUCUACUUCCGCCGCCCAGAAACCAACACCGGCCUCAUCGUCAUGUCCCAAAUCUUCCUAGGGAUCGCAAGCAGCUCCAUCAUCCUCUGCGUCGAGGUUGGUGUUGUCGCGACAGUCGAGCACGUCGACGUGGCCGUUGCUAUUGCCCUGCUCGGACUCUCGGGGUACAUUGGCGGUGCGAUUGGAAAUGCCAUCUCCGGGGCUAUCUGGACGAAUACGCUCCCUCAACAGCUUGCAAAGAGAUUACCGGACUCGGCCAAGGAUCAGGCGGAUAAGAUUUAUGGUAGUAUCAAGGAACAGUUGAGCUACCCGAUAGGUUCCCCUGUUCGUGAUGCUAUCAUUGGUGCUUAUGCUACUGCACAGACGAGGAUGUUGAUCGCGGGGAUCGUGGCGACGGGGAUUAUGUUGAUCUUGACGCUGUUCUUGAAGAAUGUUAGGUUGAAUGAGAACAGGCAGGUCAAGGGUACGGUGCUAUAG